UGGGCUUGGUUCACUUCCUGUUGGAACCUUAGGAUCACAGUAUGUGUUUUUACAGAAAGUUAUGGCAGUGAGACAUCAACUCAGGUGUGUAAAUGAUUAAAGGGAUGGGCUGGUGCGUUAUAAAGCAGACUUUGAUCGGAACAUGCUUAAGUCUGCACUCUGGAUGGAAGAAGUGUCACAAGAUUUCCUGCGAGUUUGUUUAGGACACAGGGCAGCUCGUGAUGGCCGCAGUCCGGGCGGCGCUUCUGGCCACGGCGCUGCUCUACGCUUUGUCCAGUUCCUCUUCUUCGCCCUUCUGUCCGGAGUCCUGUUCCUGUCAGACAGCUUCCCUGCUCAACUGCUCCUUGUCUGGUUUGACCUCUGUACCACAGCUGAUCCCAGGCGCUUUUUCAGAGCUGGACUUCUCUCAUAACUAUCUGAGCUCUGUGAAACCCCGUCAACCACAUCAGAACCUCAGGAAACUUUGGCUGGGAAACAACACUAUCUCACACUUGUCCCUCUGUGUGGAGAGACAUGUCAAGAGCUGGCGUCGCUUCAGAACUGGGGGCGAAAGGGGCUGCCAGGGCUGGGCCCCCACCCUGCAGAUGUUAUCUGUUGAGAGAAAUCAGCUGGAGCGCCUCCCUAAGGGGUUGGGUGGUGUCCCGUCUUUGCGGGUCCUUUGGCUUGCUUUCAACAAGAUAUCAGUUCUACAACCAGGGGAGCUUAGUGACCUUCAUCAGCUGGAAGAGCUGCACUUACAACAUAACCUGAUCACACAUCUGCAUCCACAGAUGUUCCAGGAUUUAAUUCAGCUCAGGGUUCUUGAUCUACGUUUUAACUUAAUGACCACCCUCCAUCCUUUGAUGUACCUCAACCUUCACAACAUUGGAGCUCAUGUUGCUUUAGAUGGAAACAGAUGGAAGUGUGACUGCAAUCUGCGCAGUCUAAGAAGACGUAUGGCCUAUGAUGACGCCCGAGGCGUGGAGGUCUGGAACGUGAUGUGUGCCUCCCCCUCAAAACUCUUGGGAACAGACCUUCUGCAGCUCAAGGAGGAAGAUCUCCAAUGUUUAAGCCCUGAAAACAGUCCAGAUCUGCAUCAAGAUGUGACUGUCUACAGGGGCUCUCAGAUUCUGCUCUCAUGCUCUGCUGAAGAUUCAGUGUGGUGGACGCCUGGUGUUCCUGCACCUGAGAGGCACAAAGAUGGUGGUCUGCUCAUCACUGACAUCUCUGAGACGAACACAGGGCUGUAUGUGUGUGUGUCUGAAGGACAGCAAGUCGUGUCUGUUUUUAACUUACAAAUCAGUCAAAUAGAAAGCGCAGCUAAAACUAGGAGUUUACCAAGAACUCGCAGAGAAAUAACCCCCCAAAGCAGGGAAGGAAUAACACAAUCUACCUUAACUUUGGCCAUUUGUCUGUCAGUUAUUAUCACAUUUCUGGUAGCUUUUAUUCUCGGAGUCGCAACAAGACCAUAUAUUGAUUUGCUUUGGAAAAGGAUCACCACUAAAAAAGGUUCUUCUGCAAGUAAUUCAGUUUCUUCAGUUGAACAAAGACACUAUGAAAAUGCAGCAUUUUCUAAUUCUGAUGAGGCAGUAGAGGGUGGACCUUACAGAGAAAGGAGAGUAACAUUUAGAAAUGAAGAUGACAUAGAAAACAUCAAUGUUCAGUAUUAUGACACUGUGGCAAGCAGUGAUCAGAACAGUGUUGCCAGUGAGGAAGUGUUUGCAUCAGAAGAAGGGCCCAACACUCAAGAAUCAGAGUGUGAUCAGGGCAUGCAACAGAUGAAUGCAGCGGAGAGGCAAAAUGGUGCGUCAUCUGAAACCACCUCUAUGCAAAUCCAUCAAGUAGAGUUUGAGCACAUCCCUGACCCCGAUGAGCUGGAAAACAGAAGUCUCUCGUCAUCCUCAGAUUCUUCCUUAUCUGAGAAUGUAGAACAGAUGACUAAAAUAUGUCACACUACACCCAAGUCUCCUCUGUUGGAGAAAGAGACAAUUCAUAAGAGAGCCAAUUCCCCAGCAGCCAAAGAAGUCCAGGAUCCCCAGGCGUCCAUAGAGAUCCCUGGAUUUUCGUCAGAGCCUUUUGCAGACUGGUCACCCCAUUCAGAUAGAAGCAACUCAAAAGAUGAACUAUUUGAUUUCAGUGAUUCUCCUCGGAGCACACCUGCUAGGCCCAACAGUGGCUUUGCACACACUCUGGACAAGCAGAAAAGUGGGGAUACGUUCAGCUCAAGUUCAUCCGACAGUGGGGCAGAACAUACACAAGACAUUUUGCACUCCAAAGAAGGGAGACAGAGGUCUAAGAUAAAAAGCUCAGCACAGAAACAAUCAAGACACACCUCCUCUAGCGAUGAAAGCACUGAUCAAGAGACCAAACUAACCAAAACUCAUAAACUGAGAAAGAAGUGGCCUUCCAUUGUACUUGGGCAAAAAGAAAUUAAAGCUCCUUCACCAGGCUUUAGUACAAGUUCAAGUAGUGACUCUGAAGAUGAAACAAAGGACAACACGAAGACACAAAAACUAGGAAUGCUGGAGAGACCAAUCAUAUAUCAAGAGUUUGUCACCGGAACAUAUAUGCCAGAUGGUGGCUGGCCAAUCAUUGAUGUUCAAAGCAUUCCUCGCAUAAAGAGACGCCUUGAUUUUGUUAAAAUUUCCAGUCAAAAAAGUGGUCACAAUUAUUGGUUGAUUACACAUGGAAAAGUAGAACGAGGAGAUUUAACCUCAAACUCUGAUUCAUCUUCUAGCAGUGAGAGAGAAGAAAACAUGCCAAGGAAAAUCAAAACACCUUCACCAAGAGCUUCCUCCUCAUCUUCAAGCAGUGAGAGUGAUGAUGAAGUAAAGGUCCAAAUAAAGCCCCUUGAACAAAACAAGGAACAAAUGUCAAGACCUCAGCAAAUGAAAGAUCAAUCAGAAAGUUCAUCAUCAUCAAGCAGUGAUAGUGAGGAUGGUAUUGAACAGAGGCCAGGAAGUGUGAAGAUUGGACAGCUUCAAGAACCUCAACCCAAAGACUACGACCCACAUGGCAGAUGGCCUACUGUAGACCUUCUACAUGUUCCUCAUAUUAACAGGCGUCUUGAUUUUAAGGUACUAUUGUCACAUUCUUCAUCUUCCAGCAGUGACAAUAUUGACAGAACAACAAGCCUAAAGAAAGUGCAAAAGCCAGCAUUUCAAACUUCAACAUCUCCACUUGUCAAGGCACCCUCACAAAGUUCCUCCUCAUCUUCAAGCAGCGAGAGUGAUGAUGACGUAAAGGUCCAAAUAAAACCACUUGAACAAAACAAGGUACAAACGUCAAGACCUCAACAAAUGAAAGAUCAAUCAGAAAGUUCAUCAUCAUCAAGCAGUGAUAGUGAGGAUGGUAUUGAACAGAGGCCAGGAAGUGUGAAGAUUGGACAGCUUCAAGAACCUCAACCAAGAGACUAUGUACCAGACGGCAGAUGGCCUACUGUAGACCUUCUGCAUGUUCCUAAUAUUAACAGGCGUCUUGAUUUCAAGGUACGAUUGUCACAUUCUUCACCUUCCAGCAGUGACAAUAUUGACAGAACAAGCUUACAGAAAGUUCAAAAGCCAACAUUUCAAACCUCAAGAACUCCACUUGUCAAGGUACCCUCACAAAGUUCUUCCUCAUCUUCAAGCAGUGAGAGUGAUGAUGACGUAAAGGUCCAAAUAAAGCCCCUUGAACAAAACAAGGUACAAACAUCAACAUCUCAAAGAAUCAAAAAUGAAUCGGAAAGUUCCUCAUCUUCAAGCAGUGAGAGUGAUGAUGACGUAAAGGUCCAAAUAAAGCCCCUUGAACUAAACAAGGUAAAACCAUCAACACCUCAACGUGUGAAAGAUCAGUCAGAAAGUUCCUCAUCAUCAAGCAGUGACAGUGAGGAUGGUAUUGAACAAAGGCCAGGAAGCUGGAAGACUGGAAAGCUUCCGAUUCAAGAACCUCAACCUAGAGACCAUGGCCCACAUGGCAGAUGGCCUACUGUAGACCUUCUUCAUGUUCCUCAUAUUAACAAGCAUCUAGAUUUCAAGGUACGAUUGUCACAUUCUUCACCUUUCAGCAGUGAUAAUAUUGAAAGAACAAGCUUAAAGAAAGUUCAAAAGCCAGCAUUUCAAACUUCAAAAACUCCACUUGUCAAGGCACCCUCACAAAGUUCUUCCUCAUCUUCAAGCAGCGAGAGUGAUGAUGACGUCAAGGUCCAAAAAAAGCCCCUUGAACAGAACAAGGUACAAACGUCAAGACCUCAUCGUGUCAAAGAUCAAUCAGAAAGCACCCUCAGAAAGUUCCUCCUCAUCUUCAAGCAGCGAGAGUGA